UAUAGUUUUAUACAGACACCCACACACCCUCAUAUACUACAUAUCAAUCAGAAUCCUCUUGGACCACAGGAGCUCAACUAAUACAGAUCUUCUUCUUCAGCAUAAUAAUUAUUGUUUUUUUACAGAUAGACAGGUUCAGAGGGUGCCUUUGGGAAAGCGGACACAGCUGGUGCUGACUGUCGUCAGGUCAUGCCGAAAAGUGUUAGGUUAAGUCUCCCAACGAACACAACUCUCUUGUUUAGUUGACAUCGAUGAGUUUGAAACUCCUCUUCAUACAUCAAGAUACAUUUUGUUAGUUUGAUCAUAUUGAGGAUCCUUUUUUAGGGUUAGUUGCGAGGGUUUUAAAACGGUAACGGUGUAACAGGGACGGGUAUUACUUUAUUGUUUUGUUUGAUGUGAAUUUCGAGAUGGGUUUGAGUACAAAGCAGGUUUCUGGUGAUCAUGGGAUUGAUUGGAGCCAGACCUUGUUGCAGCCGGCCCCUCUCGAGGUGCCAAAACCUCCACCUACAAGGCGGCAACAACCACAACAACCACCACCGGAGCGUUUGAAGUGUCCAAGGUGUGAAUCAACAAACACAAAGUUCUGUUACUACAACAAUUACAACAAGUCCCAGCCUCGCCAUUACUGUAAAGCUUGUAAAAGGCACUGGACUAAAGGUGGCACUCUUCGCAACGUUCCCGUUGGCGGUGGUCGGAAAAACAGGCGGCUCAAGACAUCAAAUUCCACCACCACCACCGAGGCUGCCAGCACCACUAAUAAGGGUAAUGCUCUGAGUGUUAAUAGCCAGCAACAAAACAUAUCUGAUGUUCUGUACCAGGCCAUGAUUCGUCCACAAUCUUCAUUUCAACUUGAUAAAAUCAACAGCUUUCAUGGGAAAACUUUGAUGGGCAGCAAUGGAGCCUUUACUGGUUCCACCAUUUCUGCACCUCAAAAUCAAAAUCCGCAUUUUUCAUUCUCAAAUUUGAGUUCUUUUGACACCAACCCAUCUUCAAUCCCCUCCUCUUUUCGAUCACUGAAUGAAUAUAACUACAUUGAAAAGCUUGAAACUAUGGAGGACUCAACUAUCACCACCACAACCACCACCACCACCAACACCACCACUCCUUUUCCUACCACCACAAGCACCAACAUUUUUUCUCAGCCAUGGCAAAUUUCUACAUCAAGCUGUAUGGUGGACAUGCCAAACUACUGGAAUUGGAAUGAUCUUGACAUGUUAUCAGCUGAUCUCAACAUACCUUGGGAUGAAACUGAGAUCAAAUCCACAGGAAUUUAAUUAUCAUAUUGGAGUGUCUAUAGAUCAACUUGUGUGAAUUAAGGGUGUUUGCAUUUGUUUUUUUGUUUUGUCUUGGCCUUACCCUCCGAUAUUAACCAUAUGCGUUUGUGUCUUUGUAAUUGUAUCUAUCAACCUGUAACUAUUGCAGUUAGAUGUAUACUGUUGGAAGCUGUCGUUUUUUAGUCUCGGCUUC